AUAUUAUUGUUAUCGAUGUCUGUUGACAAUGUCUAUGCUGUUAUCGAUUAUUAUUUGCAAUUUGACAGCAUUUCUUUUCCCUCUUUUGUCUCAAACAAGGAAGACGAGAUGGCGGCCCAUAAAACCUUCAGAAUUAAGCAAAAGCUUGCUAAGAAGUUGAAACAAAACCGUUCCGUGCCACAAUGGAUUCGUUUGCGCACAGGCAACACCAUUAGAUAUAACGCCAAGAGACGCCACUGGAGACGCACCAAGUUGAAGUUGUAAGCUGCAUCCUACAGUUCCCACUGCAACACAAUGAUGGGAAUGCUUCUGGUUGAUGUUCUUCAUCUUCAAUUAUUUAGUAUGUUCGCUGAGAUACUGUGUGUCACGUAAAAAAAAAAAUAAAAAAAAACAUUUUGUUUUUUAACAAAAAAGA